UCAUUCAAGGCUGUCACUGGUCCUCAUCACCCCAAAGCGCUCAAGUGCAAGCAUGUGUGUUACAAAAUGGCCGAAUUCCACGGCGACCCCAACAAGUUCAAGUUAGCACUACGAGAUUUCUUGGUGCAAUUGAAGGAAUUCUCGGGAGAUAAUGCAGAUCUUUUCAUUGACGAAAAGGAGGCUGAAGCAAACUCAAAGCUGAGGCUGAGCUUCAAGCCGCAUCACGAAUCCCUGGCAUGCUUAAGCCUUCGCAGAUCCGGCCAGAAGACGAAGAUCUAUGAGAUGGACGAUCAAGCACCUCCCUUCACCCCACACCCUGUCCCUUAGUUUCUUUGGUCUUGCAACGUCCAGAAUGUUUUUUAACCAUGCUCGUUUGAUCCAAUCCUGUUCGGUGAUACGGUUUGCCUUAAUUAUAUCUGAAGGCCAUUGGCUUAUUCUUGCCUUUACUAAGCAGC